UUUACCCAUGUGACAACAAGCCCCGGUCUCCCCUACUGCUGGAGGCUGAUGUCAGGACUGGUGACUUCAUGGUCUCCAACUCUGCAGCAUCCAAGAGACUGUCAAGAGUGAAGGCGUGGGGAAGGGAAAAACACUCUCAGAAGAAACAGGCGGAGAAACAGACAUGGAUCAACUAAUAGGCUGCAGACAGGCAUCAUGGGUAAUGACUAAGUAUAUGAAGUAUUUCAUCUAACAACAGUGAAUAAAAAUCUACCAAAGUAACCCUUUUUGAAUAAUAAUAGUGACAAUAUUAUUAUCUUCAUUAUUAUUAUUAUUAUAGUAGAAGUAGUAGUCAUAGUAGUAGUAGUUGAGUUGUGUUACUGUCAGUAGUGGUGGAGUGGGGGAUCCUGGCAACCCUCCCCACCAGCAGCAAUCAACAAAGGGUGGUAGGAGGGGUAAAAGAGGGAGGAAGCUCCCCACCCACCUUAUCCCCCCAUCUCCUACCUUCCUGCCUUCCUCCCCCUCCCAUCAGGGAUCUCUCUCUCUCUCUUUCUCUCUCGCUCUCUCUCUCUCUCAUUCACUCUCUAACACGACCUCCUCUCUCGCUCAGUCUCAGGGCUGUUGCGGGUACAGGUCGGGAGGAAAUCACGGUGGGAACUCGAAGCGAAGAUGCGGGCGCUCGGUGCCGUGGGAGUCGGGGUGCUGUGGGCGUUGCUGGGCGCUCUGGUGCCCGGCGGCGCGUCUGAGCUGGUGACGCUGGUGCAGGAGCCGGUCAAGCCCGAGUCCGUCCUGCUGAAGCCAAAGGUUAUGAUCGCCAUUGUGGCUCGCAACGCCGCGCACAGCCUGCCUCACUACCUGGGCUGCAUCGAGAGGCUGGAGUAUCCAAAGGAGCGCAUAGCGAUCUGGUAAGACACGCGCAGUGGGGGGAUAAAAAGGUGGUUUGUGUGUGUUUUGUGUUGAUAUGACUUGUAAAAUUAACUACACUUGUAAACAAAAUGUAUAAAGGUUUCUCUUCGCGCAUAAAGUGAUUGUUCAUAGUUUCCCCAAAGUUUGCAAAGUACAUUCUCGAUGCGUAAAGUGGACUUCGGUGUCGUGGGCCAAAGGCAAACAGCGUGUGUCCACGAUAAUUAUAAUAACAGCUUAGAAUUAGCACACAGACCUGUUGCUGCACUUUUACGACGCUCUCAGCUCGCGUGUCUGCCGGCAUCCAAAUUGCACGCUGUGGGAGAAGAUGAAAGAGCUUCUGUGCAUGUUGGGGUAGGCUUAACCCUUAAUCACGGUUCCCUCCAUCUGAUUCAGCACAAACCUGCGGAAACGAGGCUUUAAAACAGCAGGGCAGGCGGGUACGAAGGGGUUUCAGACUCAGGUAGGGUCCUGCUGUGAGUUGGGUCUCGUACUGAGAUAAUAUGAAGGUAUCAAAGAGGGAGCCUUCAGGUGGAGGGAUGAAAGGAGACAUUGAGUUGGUCUGACAGCAGGGCUGGGGGGUGUGAGUUCUGGGAAGUCGUGCGUUUAAUGUGUAUGUGUGUGUUUCUUUGUGUGUGUGUACAAUAGAGGUUUGAUAAAAUCACACAGAAGCUGAGAGAUCUCAGACUGAAGCAGAGUGCAGAUGGAGACCAGGAUAGUUGUGCAGAUCUGAUAGUUUGCAGUGUUUUGUCCUGGCUGACAUUCUUUUGUUUUGUUUCCCACCCUUCCCUCUGCUGAAGUCUGGCUUUUGUUUGCUAAGUCACUCUCUGUUUCCAAUUUAAAGACCCUCACCUCUGCACACACACAAAUGCAUGACAGGGAAACUCAAUCAAGAGAGAGCCCCAAAGUGCCAGAGUGGCUGUGCUAACAGGGCUUUGAGGGCGAUUAAAGCAAGAGAAAAAGGGCCCCAUCAGCUAUGAGUGGCAUCUCUCUGUCCCUGCAGGCAGUGCAGCCAGGGAUGAAGAUCCAAAACUUGUGUGAGGCAGACCAGCAUGUGUCACAAGUUUGUUGCCAUGGGGCAGUGAAAUGUUCAGAAACAUAAAGAAGGACCCCCAUUUGAUAAAGACUGAUCUAGAGAGACACAUUUCUGAUUGUUUAAAAAGAACUUCAACCAAGUGACUAGUCUAAAGGUAUGGAAAAGUCAAAAUCGAGCAUGACUCUUUAAAAACCCUUAAAGGAAUAUUCCAUACACAUAUAGGGAUAGAUAUAUAUAGGCAGUGCAAAAUGAUUAAUUGGUGAUUAUUACUUCAAGGAAAUGAUAAAGAGGCCGCCGUGUAUUGCUAUCCUGCGGUCGUUACUAAAGUUAGUUUAACUAGAGAAGAAAGCGGUCUGCAACAUUCAUCUCUAGAAGGGGUGUCAACUCGGUUAUGGUGCGUUUGACCCUUAAAUAGUUUUACAUCGGAAUAGCCCUUUAACACUAGAUGGGACUAAUUUUUUUUUUGCGUAGCAUGGCUAAUGGUAGCAGUGCUAGCACUUAUAGCCUUCAGCUCCCCUUGCUUAAUGUCCAUAUGUUCUGGUUACCUGUCAUUUCAGUCAAGUGGUUUUACUACAGUUUAACACGACACAGCCAAGAUACCAUUGUAUCUUUAUGCCCUGGAUCAAAAUGCUGCCAAACUGCACCAUACUGUGAAACACCCAUCCAGGUAGUGCAGACUUAUAUUAUUAUGACAACUGACAUUAACCAGAUUUACAGCUCUCAUGUCAGAUGGCUGCAUCACAGCUUAGACGCAACACAGUCUUAAAAAAAUGAUGAUUAAAAUAUUAUUGAUUUAUUAAACCCACUAGUGAUUCUGAUGCCAAAAGCAUCUAGCAAGGAUGAUGUUACUUCAUUAAUUGGCUUCAAGAGUAGAUUUUGUUUUCAGAAAUCACUACAGGUCAAGAGCAGAACAAAAUAAACAUAAAGUUUGGCUGACUGGUGUCUUCAAAACCGAACCCAAAUGACCAGAAAGUUCUUGAAUUAUUUUUUUUUAGAAAUCUUGAAUAUUGGCUGCAACCGCUCAUAAAGAGUUGUAACAUUUUCUUAAACUCACCAUUUUGACCCAAGUUUCAUAAUGCACUAUGCUGCAAAUCGAACAAAAUAGUAAAGAAAUAAAAGGAGAUGAAGAAGAGGCAACUGGACACAGUGGAAAUACAAAAAACAAAAACCUUAAAGAUUACAAUAGUGAUAAAUAUUUCGCUUUGUUGCUGCUUUGUGGCUAAACUGGCUUAAGCAAUGAUUCAGUUUACACAGCAUAAAUGAUGGCAGUCUGUGAGUUUGUGUGUUUUCUAAGCAUCAUUAUCACCGCCCACCAUGUAAGCCACACUACCCUGUAUAUGCCUAAUCACAUUCAACUGACAAAAUAGGCUCAAGAAUUCAUUUGAGAUGUCAGGACAAGCAAACCGAGUUGCACAGAUAUUUGAAGAAAACUACGUAAAACAAAUCCAGCUACUUCAAGAUCAGGAACUUUUCCACAGCAAAAACAACAAAUUUUCUUUAACUGCACAGCAUUUUUGUGAAAGUAGAAAGCAGCUCUGGAGAAGUAGAGGAUGAUGACGUGACACGAGGGUCUCCAUCUGGACCUAGGCCAAGGCCUGCGGUUACAUGAUACACGUCUUCCUCCGUAAAGCAGCCAGGUUGUUCCACUUUACCACGACUCCCCUGCUCAUCUGGACGGCUCAUGGGCAUGCUGAUGUAAAGAACUUGAGGAAACAAUCAGGAGGGAGGAUGAUAUCAACAGCAUCUGGCUGUGAAGCUCCAGUGUUUGUGAGCGGGGACAUAAUGUUCCUUGCUCGAGUUCCUCCAUAGAGACACAGAUCGAGCGGCACAGAGGGUAGCUUUUCUUCUCUACAUCCACUCUGCUCAUUUUAAUGCAAAAUCCAUGAGACAGACAGGCAUGCAGACGGAUGUAGACAAUUGAAUAACAUAACAAGGGUACCAGCAGAGGGAUGCUCGCUCUUCUUUCAUCUCCACCCAUGGGAUCAUAGAUGUUUGAGAUGUUUUUAUAAUCACAGAAAAUAGUUAAGACACAAAGAGAGCCUGUCAGGAUGAACAUAAAGGGGAUGUAAAUGCAGACAGGCUCAUUAUUCUGUAUGAGAAACAGAUAAAGUGGAACAUUUUUGUAGGAAUAGGCUUGGUUGAAAUAAAAUGAAAAGAUGACAUCCUGGUCAGAUGACAAAAACCUCCAAAAAGUCUGGACGGGUUUUGACACAUGCAGAAAUGCUUAGAGUACCAAAGAUUCCAGUUUGAGCCUGUUCACUGGAUAAUCUGCAUUUAAUGUCCGGGUCACAACAUGUCCCCUCCACCCUGUUACUUCAGACCUGACUCACACUGACAGUUGCAAACGUCACUAAAAUCUGCUUCUUGAAGUUUCCUCUCAGCAAGCGGGCGCAAGUCUGACAGAGAAGUGGCAGCGCAGUGAAAAAGACUCUCAAAGUGCUGUUAAAGAAUGAAAGAAUGUGGGGUAUUAUAGAGGGAAGGGGGCUGGUCGGGCGGAGAAAGGGUGGUCAGCAGGGUUGGGAAAUUACCCAGAGGGCAUUUAGCAGGUUGGUUAAUCCGCAUUCCCACGGUAGCUUGGCCGUGUGUAAUGUCUGGAUCUAGUAAAACAAAGUAAUGUGAGGCUUUACAACACGAACGUGAAAGCUCACUAAGAUAUUCUGGCUGCUGAAAACUCUUGAUACUCCGUUUUCAAGAGCUGAACCAACCUGUGAAUGAGCUUUGCAAUAAGUCACAGUCGUCACUGUCGCUAUAAGCAAGGAAGAGGUGUAGCUAAAGCAGACAAGCAUGAGACUAAAGAUGUGUGUCAGUCCUCUUCUAGGUCCUAGGGUGACAGGUGAGAUUUACACCUUGUGUGUAAAAGCCUGCGCUGUCAAACUGAGGUCAGUGUGAAGGCUCAGUAGGUAGCAGAUUAGCUGGGUUUGGAGCCCUUGUAUUUGGGGGACAUUUGUCCAGCAGUCCAGGUGUUCUUCGCAGCUCAAAGGUAUGUGAGUGAGGUGACCCUUCACUUACCCCUUGACUCUAGUGUGUAUGAGAUGGAAACUUGAAACUCACUUACUGUCCAAACCUACACAAUGAACAUUUUCCUCUGAUACCACGCUUAGGGUUGGAAGCUUAAAGACCCACUCUGAUAAAAAUUACAUUUUUUGUUUUUUUUUAUAUGUUCAUAUGGCAUUUUUUCUGAUGCUACAGGACAUAUCAUGAGAGAACUAAAUGUGAAAUUGCUUUUUUGAGUAUUUCUUCAUUCAAAUCGCUGUGAAUCUCUGGCAGACCCCAAACAGCAGGUUCAGAAACAGUGAGAUUUCAUACAUAACCAAUCCAAGCUCCGCCCCCAGAGCUCUGCUAUGCAGGCCACACUGUGCAUAUAGGGGAGAAACACAGAGGACGAUCACGGAACAAGCGUGUGUGUUAGCGGAUUGCAGUGCACGUAAGAAAGCUAAUUACGAUAUUAGCUUUCGUUGUGUCACUAAAUACGUUUGCGUCUGAGAGCUGAAUAGAUCCUAUGUUACCUGCCACUUCUGCUACACUGGCAAUUUUAGGCUGCAAGCUAGCGUAAGCGGGAAGGUGCAGAGCAGCGCUGUCUCCGCCCACGACUCAGAGGUGAAUUGCUAAUGGUCUACUGGAACUUUGCAGAAUAAAAGCCCAUGAAAAUGACACAGGUGAUGGGAUUUUUGGUAAAAACUUCAUAAUCACAAUUUAAAAAGCACUGAGAACACUUUAAGUAGUAAAAAAAAAAGAUUGGAGUGGGACUUUAAGCAUUAUAAUCACAUACAUCUUUGUUGGAUAUAAGUCUCAAAAAUGUAGGGUGUCCGACUCAUCAUUAUCCCAUUUUACAAUUUCCUGAACUGAAAAGACAAAAUAAGGAUCAUUUUAUAAACAUUUGAAGUACUUUCUAAUGGUAAUAUGCGCCACACCAUGACUUGACCAAUUGCACUUUGAAUCUUAUGCUUGUGACGAUGCCAGACAAGCAGCACAACCUCAACUAAGUUAGCUGACAUGGUUGUAGCUCCUCAGUCUAAGAACAGCUAUGCAAGAGGCAACCAUAUUUUCACGUAACUGCAAAAAGGGAUAUUUAACAAUGAAACACUGUUCAGAUUUAAACAGACCACCUCUUUCUCUUUUCGGAUUGUUUGUCUAACACCUCUGGAACAAUGCUGACGUGUUACUCUGCUCCUGAUGCUUCAUGUUGCUGCUGCUUGCUGCCUGCAGGCCAGCUGUGCUCAGGUGCUGAAGUGCUUCCCCAGGUGCAGAGCCGGCGGGUCGACAUGAUGAUUUGUAGACUUGUCCGAAAGACAAACUGAAACAUAAGGAGGGUGUUAGAGCGCUGACUUCACCAGCCUUUCUCACAAAACUACCUCUCUUGUUAUCAUAAUAUCAAAUCGUGUAUUAACCCAUUCAUCACUGAACCACAUACUUCACAUUUAUGUCAUUAAACUGACCUCAUACAGGGAUUUGGAUUGAGAACUCAUAUUUAACUACUUCUUCGUAAAACCUGAUGCACCUUGGGGUAUGAUGUGACUUUAUAUGUAAAGAAUUUUCCACAGCUGCUGAAAUAAACACACUACAGGCUGACAGCUGUUCUAUGUAUAUUGUAAUUACUGUCAGACAUGUAGAGAAGUGUCACGUAAAUAUAUCCUGUGUCUACUAUAUCAUGCCAUGAGAUUGAUGUGGGAUUAUUCGGUACUUCAACUCAAGCAUUUGAAAUCCUAACCCAUCACGAUGUAAGUCAUAUUCCACCUUUUCAUUUCUAGUAUUUCGACAAGUGCCUAGAGUAACUCAGCAAUAAAUGAAGCAGAACAAAUUGGACUUGAAUGCUGAGUAAAGGACUUUAUGAAUGGUUUAUGCUGGCUUGUGUUGUGCUUUGCUGGGACUUGCCCUCCGACUGCCAAAUUUUGCUUUUUUUGAAAAAUCGCUCUAACUAGGCAUUGUCUGAGUCCCAAAAAGACACUUUAUGUUCCGUUUCUUGGCUCGGGUGCCACCCUGUUAAAAAAUUAAAAGUGCUCUGGUUUUAUUGCAAGGCAGCAGUUAACUGUAAAGAAAUGCAGUGUUGUUCAAUCCCUCCAUUUAUGAUCAGGUUUGGACAAGUGACUAAAUAUGUAAUCUAUUACUCACCGCUCAUUACUCACAGCACAGUCAUCACACUAAUUAUUGUGAGGUUGCCUCAAUCAUUUAGCAAUCAAAUGCUUUUACAACAACUUAAAAACACCUUAGAGUAAGUGCUAGAUCUUUUCCAUCCAACAUGAGAUAUUUUAUGAAAACCCAGUUCACAGAUUCGAGAUAUUUACUGAGCAUUAACAAAUAGUUUAGCCUUGAUGGUUCAACAGCAUAGGAACUUUUAAUAACCUCUACCUCUAUACAACACCAGUUUAUUUCUCACUACAAUGUAAAACUGACUAUCCACAAAUGAUCUUAAUAAUCCAACCGUUUUGUUAUUGAUCAAUAAUCGAUGUUUAUUAGUAGAAUCAACAUAUAUACAGCUUGUUACAUAAAUAUCUUGACAAGACUGCCUGCCUACACCUCAGUGAAAAGUGUUUAAAUGAAGCUAAACAUAACCACUCCUAUGAAUUUAAAGGAAGAAUCAUACGAUAGCGAGGGGGAUUCACUAAGGAUAGACUAAAGCUUCUAAUAACAUAAAAAAUUGAGCAUUAUUUGCCCCUAUCUUCUUCAUCUCAAUGUUGUAUACAAAACGUAUAUUUACGUAAUGAUAUCCAUGAGCACACAUAUCAGUCAAGUUUUGCAGCUCCGUAUUUUCCUUUCUUGUUUUGCGUCUGAUUGUGUAGAUGAGCAAUCACGCUCUUAAAUCUCUCCAUUGAUGAUGAGUUGAAUUGAAUAUCAGUUUAUAUUCAAGUCAAUUCAUGGGGGAUGACAUUCAAAUUCCAGUUGAUAGCAAUUAAGUGAGCCGUUGCGAACCUCUUGUAGGAGCCAUUAUGUGCAUAUUGUCUGUGUUUAUUAUUUGUUAUGUUUCAUUCCUUUUAUGGUUGUGAUUUCAUUUCUGGUGUUCAGUAUUUGAGCGUGAUUUACCUUAUUUGUACCUGUUCAGUUGUGUGGCGAGAAAAGUAUCACGUAAAGUAGUUGAGUUGGUUUGAAAGUUUUCUGUUUACCAUCAUUAUUGUCUGUUUGCCAUCUCAUACACAGUUCAGUAGACAGCACAGUUAUACCCCAGCUGCAAGUUGCUGCGGGUGCCUUUGUUUUCAGAUCAUUUGCUAUUUUGUUUUUUUUCGCAAUGACAUUUAUUUGCAUAAAUAGGUGCCAUUUUUCCCAGAUGGAUGCACAAUUGCUAAUAUGAGUAGAUGCAAACGGUACUAGCACACAUCAAUGCUGUCUGUUCUGCAGAACAGUUUGUAGUGCAUUCAGCCCAAUUUUGUUUGGAUCAUUUUAUUCUUUCAGUUUAUCCUAAACCAGGAUGUCAAAUUAAGUUAUUUGGAUGCACAUGGCUUCAUUGAACAGACAAGGUGUAACAAAAAAACUGUAAUCUCAACAUUUAUCAAAGAUGUCAGCUUGAGAAGAGGAGAAGGAAAAUAUUCACCUCUUAGAUGUCAAAUAUAGAAAUAUUUGAGUAAUGCAAAAAUACCUCCACUGUAUGCUGAAGAGCAGUGUUGACUUACUUUCAAGCAUAUAUUACAGAAAGGGAAAACAUCUGUCAGUUUAUUGUGAACAUUAAAACAUGAGUCUUGAGUGCAGGCAUGUAUUUAGGAAUGCAUUUAGGCAACCCCAAAAACUGAAAAUACCUUCCCGCAUGUGUAAUGUAUAUGCCACAGGUGCCUCUGUUAGCUUCGUGGACAGCUUUGCAGAUAAUCUCUUUGGACCGCCAGUGGUUUAAUGUGGUUUCACUUACCGAGCGAAUCCACUGUUUGACAUCAAACAUUAUUCUGAGUGACAAAUAUGAGGAGAGAUUGUGGAAAAGUUGAGCUUUGAGGUUUAUCCGUGGUGUGAUGUUCUUUUGUCACUUUGGAGUUUUCCACAUGCCAGGUGUGUUACCUCAGGCUUCAUUCCUCGGUCUGAGCACAUAUUGUUCUUUGUUUUAUACUGGAGGGAGCUUGGAGAGCAGUUUCUCCAAGUGUAUGGAAUAAAUUACCGGGAGGCUAUUGUGUGUUAUAUGGUGCUGACAACAUGGGCUUAUGCUAAUGAUAGCAGCAUGCUUCUGCUGUGUAUUCAUAUUCAUCGUAUCACAAUAAUGGCACUCGGCUCUAAACUGGGUGUGUUUGAUUAUCCUGUACUAAUAAAUCUUCAAACAAGUGAAUGUUUUCCAAAAGAUCAGAGUUUGCUUUAUGUCUGUGUGUUUGAACGGCGCUGCACACAUGAUACAGGUGUGUUUCUGCUCUGUUGGCCCAGCCUCUGGUUUCCAUUCACUUUUCUUAUUACCUCAUAAGCCGGCAGUGAGCCAGAACCUCAUGUGCUGAUAAAAGGCCACAAUCUUCUCUGACCCCUGAUCAUUAUCAUUAUAGAAGUCAUACUCUGCAGUCUCAUCCAAUCUGUGGGAAAAUAAAAGGGCCUUCAAACAUCAGCUCAGGUGUUUGACAUUUACCCAACAAUCACAGGGAGAAGUUUCACUGACAUGCAGCUGCGAUGAUGAAACACACACACGCACGCACACACACACACACACACACACACACACACACACACACACACACACACACACACACACACACACACACACACACACACACACACACACACACAAACUGUCAUGCAUGCACGCGCCCAGUGACAGAAUGGCUUUUCUUUUCCGCGCUGUAAAUCAGUGACAAUUUAUGGAUAGUUUGACAUCUAACUUAUCUGCAGACAUGACUUGUUUAAAGGGAUAUUCUCGCAUAAAAUUACUUUAGGGUCAAACACACCGUAACACCGAGUUAGACACCCCCUUGAGAGAUGAAUGUUGCUGACUGCUUGCUGAGGUCAUUACUAAAGUUGGUAUAACUAGAGAAGCAAGCGGUCGGCAACAUUCAUCUCUCGACGGGAUGUCUAACUUGGUGUUUCGGUGUGUUUGACCAUAAUUUAAUUUUACGCCGUAAUAUCCCUUUAAGUCUCAGAUGGUUUCUGAAUAAGAAUAAGUCUUUGACAACAUUUUUGAAAAUAUCUUGUUUAGUGAAAAAGCCCUAUCAACUUCUUCAUAAAGACAGGAACUAUGAUUUUUAGUAAAGAUUACUCAAAUAGGAGCUACAUCUGUUGUGGUCUACUAUGGGCCACAGAUCAAUAUAUAUUCUGUGGUCUAGUGAGGGUUUGCCAAAGCAGGACAGUGAAGCUGCAGAUGACUUGGAAAAAAACAAAACUGUUUUCAUAGCACUGGGGGACACGUUGUGACUGAGUGACUGAUUGAUGUGUUUUUACUGUUCUGGUAUCAAGAGAACACAAGCCUCUCGGCCCAGAGUCUUUGCCACAUCAUUUAGAAAUGUCAGUGUAACUCUAGAUGUUAUGAGUCACCUUUUUAUUAUACUGCUUUAGUACCUGCAGGGUGUCUGUGGAUAUAUUUUUUUUUACUUAUAAUUAAUGAUGAUAUGUUAUGAGGAGAGGAAAAUAACUAUGUGGUGCAAUAUCUAUUUUUCUAACAGAGUGACAUCACAGGACAGGCUUUUAUUGCAACCAUAGACUGUAUAUACUACGGACAACUUGGUUCCACCUUCCGCCAGUGUAUGGAUUUGAAGCCGAAAAGCUCUUGGUAUUUCUGCGAUUUUUCUCCAUUUCCUGAAACCAACAUGUGUGUCCACAGCUCCAUAGUGAUUGCUGGCAGAGGCGGGAUUUAUAACCUAUACUGCAGCCCGUCACCAGAGGGUGCUGUUCUCGGAGUGGCUUAACCCAGCGAGGAGGCAGAUGGCGUCCAUUCUAUAUAUAGUCUAUGAUUGCAGCCUCUCAAGCAGCAAACGCAAUAAAACUGAAAGGAUGCAGUUGAUGUUGAUCUGCCAAUAAGUCUGUAAUCUCUGCUAUUUAGGAGGGAGGUAAUCAUGGGAAAAAUUUCAGUGUGGACCCAACAUACCUAUUCAAUCAGAGGACUCUAAACAAAAAGAAUUGAUUUUCCAGUCCCUGAGCCUUUUUUUAAUUUGCUCUCUCUUGGAUUAGACAUGUCUGUUGGCACUGAACGGUGAAUUCCUGCAAAGAUACCCCAUGUGUUCGAGCUCAUUUCCAGCAGCGUAGUCAGAGCGUGGCAGCACGGCAAUGACAGAGUUGGCGAGAGGAAAAUAACGGUAUCUUGGAAUCAGCACUUUCAUCUGGAGAGAGGGAUGUCUGGGUAUGGAUGGGUUUAGGCGGAGUAAAGGCAGGAACAGACUCUCCUCUCCUCUGACUCUUUGUGUCAUAGAUUUCACCGUAUUCCCUCUCUCUCCCUCCCCUUUACCCCACUCUCUCUUUCUUCCCCUUUUUUUUCAACAUCUAUUCCUGAUACUUCUCCAUUGUUUCUUCCAUCUGUUUUCUGUUACUUUGUUUUUUGUUUUCUUUCUCAUUUAUGUUUCAAUUAAUGAGUUUCAUUUAGGGCUGAUGUUUUUUAAUGCGUACACAAUGAAAUCAUUCCCAAUGUACUUGAAAGAACAGGGUCAAUUUUUAACAAGCAAGUUAAAGAACAAUAGCUCAGAGUGUUUAAGAGAAAAUAAUUAAGGUGUUGGCGCCCAGAAAAGGUCAUUGCUUUUAACAGCAGGAAAAUGUACCUAUUGGAAAAAGGAUAUCAAGACACUUUUCUUAACUUUUUGUGGACAAGGGAACUAUUAAUGUAGUACCAUGAAUCCAAAAUAAUUUUUAAAGGAUGUGUGGAUUUGCUUUUGAAGAAAAAGCUCCAACUAAAAACAUGAAUGGUUCUGGUGCAUGCUUAUGGUUAGGAUUCUGAUUAUACGACCAUUCGCAUAUGUUGCACAGACAUGAUUUUAAGCACAAUUUCUGCUGCAAAGCUACCGUGGAGUGGAGAUGUGACAGAUUUCAGGAGCCAGCACACUGAUCCAGACAGCUAUACUCACAUUAAUUUUACCACUGUGACUUUAGAGCUACAUAAGUUUGCAACUUAGAAAACAGCUGAAAGUUACUAUUUACCAAGAAGUUAGCAGACUGCAAAGAGAUUUUUGCCCAAGAUCAGUAAACAGUGAAAUCACUUUUGCUCAUUUUGUCUCACUGUCCAAAUGCUAAUGAAACAAAAUCCACAACACAUAUGUUUUGGGAAUAUUAUGUCAAAGAUCUAAAAAGAGUGUUACUCUGUCUUUAUGGAUUUAUGAGCUUCUCUGUUGACGAUGCAGCGGUGUAUCUCUUUAAAUUUUGCACCUUUUCGAAAAAGCACUAAAGCCAGACAGUGUUUUUAGGAGUUUGGACAAAUUGCUCACUUCUUGACAUUUUUUGUCUCAAGAUGUUAAACUAGAUUACAAAAAAAGAAAACAGAAUUUAACUAAGCUGUGCAUUACAAGACUUUCCUAUGGUGGAUUUGGCCAAGAGGUUGCAGAGUUUUGCUAUCUUGCGAGGUCACAGAAAAAGGCAUUGGGAUUGGCUGAAUUCUCAUGACGUUGCUAAAUCAACACACCGCAACUUCACAGAUGAACUGCAACUGUUUAAACGAUGGCACUGAAGCACUUAUAAAUCUUUUCCAGAGGUAAAAGAAAAGCAACUUUUAUGUGUGUUACAUCAUUGAUAUAUAACAUCUAUGAAAGAGGACUUUUCACAGAAGAAAAUUCAAAGGCUGUUUGAGGCAUGUCCUCUUUUUUUCAAGGAUUAAUGGCUCCCAUUUUGAGUUCUGUUUCCAUUUCUCAUAAUAAACUCCAAGAGAAGAGGAUGACUCUGUGCCAGAUAGCACCGCAGGAUUUCUUGUUGAAGCCAAGGCUCCCUAAAAGUCAUUCCCUUUGAACCGUGACAGUAUGGUACAAACCAGGAGAGAACAAAGUUACACAUCCCUCUAAGGCAAAUGUUUCCCCCAAAAAGCAAACGUGCAGGGCUUAAAGUGGUGUAAAAUUAAACAACAGUCAACUUCUCAUCCUGUCUCCCUGCAAUUUCUUUUAACUUUGAUAUCUAACUGCAAUAAAUACAUCUCCAAAGUCUUGAAUCUGAAUACUAAAUAUUACACUCCACUGUAGUUUCGCUUGCCGAGGAUAUCUUUGUUGACCCUGAGAGUCAUGAGGAAUUUCAGUCAGGAGGUCCAGUCUCACCGGCCCCUCCCUUCACACUCUCUCCAAAUCUUCUUAUCCCCUUCAUCUCUCAACCCAUCCACCCCCUCCUCUUUCUCCUCUGCCCAGCUUGACUAUCAAGAAGCUCUCAGCCACGUCAGCCUAUACUGCAAAGUCAACACACACACACUCACACACACACGCUGGCAUGGUUAUUAUGUUUUAAAGGUAUCUACGCUCAGGUUUGAAAGAAGCAUACUUGUGUGUUAAUGAUAUGCAGCAGCAGCUCAUUACUGGCAGGGAUAUUAGAUAGUUUAUUUGAUCAACAGUCAGCUGACACUGGCCUGCUGGAGCCACUCAGAGGUGUGUUUACCAAAGAGGUCCAGAGUUAGAGAAAGCCUCUGUGUUUAAGGUCCAGAUGUCAGUCACCUAAACCUUCCCUGUUAUCUGACACACUCGACCUUAAAGAGGAGGGGGGAGAGAGCUGGAGAAAGCGAUGAAGCAGGGUGAUAACUAGGGUAGUCGUUUAAUGCCUAACACCACAAAUUAAGGCCAGAAAACUUUAAGUUUUGUGGAGCUGAAAUGUUUAUUUCACUUACUACUGAAAACCGAAAAAAAAUCCAAAUGUCCUUAAAAUUUAACAAAUGUAUUUAUUUAUCUAGUUUGAUACAUUAGAUGUUUUUGGAAACUUCUGUCUUCAAAAAAUCUGUCUUCAUAAUCUUCAUCUGGACAACACCUGCUUCCCAGAACUGAUCCAUCAUCCCAACGCAUCAUUAAAAUAAAUACAAGAUUUAGAAAUCUCAAGAGGAACAGCAAACACUUAUGUAUUUUUCUUUUUUUUUUUUUUUUUACGUUUCUUUGGCAAAUACUACAAAGAUUUUUCAGGAUUCCUGAUUUUCUAACCCAAGGCCACAUAUCCACCUUCUGAUUUGUGCAGAAGUGAGUCACCCGGCAGUCACUUAAUUGUUGUGGGAAGCUUUAUGGUUUCUAAUGUGCCUGUGAAACUUCCAGUAUCCAUGAUGUUUUGGUCUGGAGAAGAAAUAAACUUUUGCAGUAGGUUCUGGAGAUGGAAGGGGGCAGUGCACGUUGAUGGACCUGGGCAUGUUAAUAUGCCAGAUAGUUGCAGGACUUAUUUCCAUCCCUUGGCCCAGGUUGAUGAUACACAUGUACAUGGAAACAAACAGGGACCAAACAAUGUAAACUAAAGAUCACUUUACCAAAGACCCACAUAACACACUGACACACUAUUUCCCAUCACCAACGGCUGUAGUAUUCAGGCUGCCUUUAGAUUUGAAACAACAGAGACUUCAGAGUGAUGCGCUGGAACGAUGGAUUAAAUGAUCUUGCCCUUAGAUAUUUACAAAAAAAAUAGAUAAAGGGAUGUCCAGGAAGUGAUAGAGAGAGGGAGUGGUGGGUUGUGUAGGUGAGGUUCUAGGAAGCAUGUGUUGUCCAGAUGCUGAUCAUAAAGACAGAAAGAGGGAGAGGAAGCCCAACCCAGACCCUGCAGACAGCAGAAUAAUGAGGCUGCAGCUCGCUCUUAACUUCAUAACAGGACUGUGAAGACACAGCCUAAUGAGAGUGAAAGAGACAGAGGUGUCGAAGAAGGAGGAGAAGGGGGGUGUGAACUUGAGAGCUGUGUUUCAUGUGUUACUUCACAUGUGCAAUUGACUUUUUACAUAAACAUCCAUGAAAUGUUACAAGCUGUGUACAGAUGUUGACUCUUCCCAUGGUCAGAUCGGCGUGAUACUCACAGUACUGCGGUUUUUUAGAGACUCUGAAGACUCUGUAGUCUCAGUGCAGCAUAGCUCAGCUGUGAUGGUUGAUGUUGCCUGAAGAUAGAGGACCCUGAAACACAUGGUAGACUCCCAAUGGAGGACAAAUGCAUCGAAAAUACAAACAGAAGUUAAGAGGCCCUGGAAAAACUGCUUCUUUUUUUUUUUUUCUAGCUUUGAUGCAUACAUCAGAUGGCUUCAUGACUUUAUGAAUCAAACAGGACAGGAGGGUGUAAUGUUUGAAGUAGAAAAUCACAUGGGUACUCAGAGUCUUGAGAGUUCUGGUGAGUUCAGCUAUGUGAGGAACGGGCAUGUAGGAUAUGCUUGUGAAAAACACUCAAGAAGUUUAACAUCAUCUUAAAUAGAGUAAUUAUAUACAUUUAUUAGUUAACAAUGCUUAUUUAACAAUUUAAAUAUGUUUAACCCCAAUAUUUAUGUAACACAGACAACUUAUUACUUCUCUCAUAUUGGCUUAACGUGUUCCCCAAAUAUCUGUAUUUAAAUUCUUCUAUUCCUUGGACACUUUUAAAAGGUACCACAUCUUCAACGUUUAACAUUUCAUAGCCUGGACAUAGUGAGUUGUAUUCUGCCAGGAACAGCCUGUAAAAAUAAGGGAAAUAAAAAAAAAGUUGUAAGAGAGAUUUAUGUUCCCUCACUUUGUUAGCAAAGAAAAAACUCAAGUUAGCUUUAUAUUUGGAUGCUUGUAAAAGAAAGUUAAUCCAACCCUUUAAAAGUUUCAUGAGCUCCAUGAGAAAUAUUGUGAAAUGAUCUUUAUUCUUCAAAAAGGAACUUUCUAGAAUAAUUGUGCACAUUUUGAAUUUUACUCAAGCAAUAAAAUACACAGAUGCUCUCCGCUCUGUCCCUCACUCCUCCUUAUUAGCUUAAGCUGUAUUCAUACAUGCACUUCACUCAUGGAAGUUUCCUGAAGUUAUCAGAGGUGAGAGCUUGCAUGGACACAAAGUACCAAAGUUUUCACCCUGAAUUUGCCCAGACCUUUCCCUUAAAAUAAGAUGAGCUGAUGUGUUUAUGCUGCAGGUAAUAUUAACGGAAAUCAAUUGUGAGAAAGCAGAGAUGAUGAUGAAUCAGGCUGCUUCAUUCUCUCUCCUACUGGCUAGUAUCAUCUCUCUCUCUUUAUUCAUUGAUACUGUGAAUUUUUCUGUGGUCUCAGCAUUCAAUGAAAGAUCUGUCUCAUAGCAUUGCACUCAACUUUGUCAGCCGUGUUGUAAACAGUAACAAAAACAGGACAUCCUUCAUGUCAUCUCCUAUCUCUAAGACACCCCCAGACCUUCACCGUGAGGGACAUGCGCUCAUAAGCAAUUUUGGAAAAUCUCGGGGGAAUUCUUCCCUGACUUUGCAUGUUCAAAAAGACCUCUAUAUACAUGUCAACAUACAGUUUAUGCACUUUUUGUUCCUACAUGUCAUACUAUGCAUUGUUCUUUCCUUACUGCCCAGAAGUGCUCCAACUUAAAUCCCUGCCUGAAGCUCAGUCUGUCAUUGGGAGAUAACGUGUAGAAACAUAUUUAUUUCCCCCGGCGAUGUGCUGUUUAGUGCCUUAAAAGCACAUAAACAUGUGCACAUCUGCUCAUUACCAGCCUGUCAGGUGUUUCUAGCUUACAAUAAAAAAGAGCAACAGGUUGUUAUCAGGUCCUUUAUUACUCUCAUUGGCAUUUAUGCACUCAUACACACACGUAUGCACUUGAACAUGGUGCUUUUUUCUGUUUUUACAUGCAUGCUCAUAACUUUUUACAUGCACUUGAACAGCUAUGGUUACACUUGUAAACCUCUACUUGUGCAACAGAUAAAUCACCAGACACGCUGUUGUUAAACCAACAUUCCCAAGACAGAAAAAUAAAUGCCCUUGUGUUUUGUCACAGACUGCAUGUGUAGGCACGCACACACUUUCAUGCCAUUAAAAUUAUUGACCCCAUGGUCUCCUUCAGGCCUCUCUCCAGCUGCUGGUUCUGUCUGAUGAGCAAUUUUUCUGUCUGUCUGGAUGAGGAUUAUUCAAAUUCCAAACACAAGACGGCUCUGCCUCUUGGAGUGUUAUGUCAGAGUGUUUGUUUAUGUGACUUUUAACUGUGUGUUGUUUUUGUGUGUGAGCAGUGACAUGAGAAUCUGAGUCUGUGUGAAAACAGGUGUUUCUGUAUUGCUGGUUGUGUUCAUUGUGGUAAAUAAAGAGUGCUAACACUGCUAUCUUCUGCCAUGAGAGUGUAUUUACUGAAAAGACUGUACUCAAGUGUGUAAGUGUGCGUAUGUGUGUGUGUGUGUGUGUGUCUGGCCAGUCUAAAAUUGGGUGUUAUUUUGGAGAGAGUACAGCAAGGAAUAUUACAGCAAGCAGUGGAAAACUCCAUCUCACUAACUUUGUGAGCGUGUGUGUUUGUACACACUCACUUGAGUACAGGCCACAUGUUCUGUUGACUUUUCUUAUUUGACAUGAAUAUUAAAUGCAAAAACAGUUGAGACCUCAUUCUUUCUGAGAUUUAAACGCAGCAGUGAUUGAAAAUUGCACAUUAGUUUUGCACAUUGGUGCAGGACUUUUUCUUCAGAGUUUUAAUUUCAUAUACUCUCUCUUACCCGUACACACAGUAGCCACAGUGUGACAGUGUGUACUCUGAGUCAGCUCUGGGAGCUGAGGUGGAAAUCUCUCACUGAGUGAAAAACCGCAGGGAUGACAAAUAAGCAUCUGCAGCUUUCCUUACUUUUACACUGACAUCAUUUGCUUACAGGCAGGAGUGUGUGAGUGUGUGUGUGUAUUCUGGUGCUCUGUCUGCGCAAUUUUAGCGUGCCCAGUUGUUGACACACAGUGCAUCACAAUUUACACUCAAAUAAAUCUGUUGUUAAGCCUGAAGUGGAGGCCACUUUUUCAACCACUGCUCAAUCUACCUGAAUGUUUUUUCUUCUGAGUGCUUCACAGCAAAGUCUGUCAACAUUGCUGUUUCUUGGUCCCUUUUCUUGCUUUAGUAUUUGCAGUUAAUUAGGCGCUAAAGAGGGCCGAGAACACCAAAACCAGUCAGUAAUAAUCAGUCACACCUGAAGGUCCGAACAUAUUCUUUCAUAACAUGCUUUUGAUGUUACAUGAGGGUCAUGAUCCCUUUGUUAAAGACACUUUUCAGCUUUGUGCAUCAUGUUUGAAUCAGUGUCACACUGUUUAUUUUUUCCAGAGGGUCCCAAGCCUGCAAACAGCCCUGACAUGCCAAGAGGCAGCUAUUUACAAGUGUUUAGCAGAUGCUCUACAACAGGAAGUUCAGGGGACUGACUGUCUUAUAAUUGAUGCUGAGUUUGCUUCCUUUGAAUGACAUCCUGUGUUGUCUGUGUCUGUGUUUGUGUUUCAGGGCAGCGACAGACCAUAACAUAGACAACACAACUGCCAUGCUGAGAGAGUGGCUCAAGAAAGCUCAGCGUAUGUAUCACUAUGUGGAGUGGAGACCCAUGGAGGAGCCAAAGUGAGUCAUCAUUUCCACUGCGUAUUAGAAGCUGUUCAGCCUCUUUCAGAGUUAAUCCUAUAUGUAACUUCUCCUUCCUCACAUGAUGAAUGAUUUUAAAAAAAAAAAUUGGAUCAACUACUUUUUCCUGUCUCUCAGAUCCUACACAGAUGAGUGGGGUCCAAAGCACUGGUCUCCUUCAAGGUUCAACCAUCUAAUGAAGCUGAGGCAGGCGGCACUAAAGGCUGCCAGGGAACGAUGGGCUGACUACAUACUAGUAAGACCUGGACAUGAUAUUAUUGAACAUACAGUAUGUAUGGAUAACACAUCUUAGUGUUUGGUUCAUGAUGUGUUUUACAUUUCUCGACACAUAUUAUCGUACCUGGAUUUGGUUGUUGAGGACUUCAGAUUGGUGGCUCCGUAUUUGCACAAAUCAGGCAUUUUUCAGAGGUGAAGGCUGUGCAGCUUAGUUUUCAUUUGUGAUUAAAAAAAGUUACACAUGACCUGGCUAUUCAGACGAACUCCAAAAACAACAAAAACAAGUUGAGCUCUGAGAAACAGGCCAUGCUAACGUUAGCGGCUGCUCUACACUGCUAUAUCCAUGUCCUGACUGCUGUCCAGCUUUUGACAUGAAACAGCCUCACAAAGUGUAAUUAAAAGUUUUUAUUAUCACUUCAAGAAUAAUAAAAAAAAAAAGUACUGUUUUUGUAGAUUAAUUGUAAAACAAUUAUUGCUAACGCUUUGCUAUCUCUCAGUAACAUUGACACCCUUAGCUAGCAGCGCACGGUUCUCCUGAAGGAAAGAAAAGACAGAGAAAGAAGUCGUGUUUAUAAAUUGUUGCUUUGUUGAAGAGUGAUUCAAUGGUUAGUUGUAAUAUCAAAUAAUAUAUUUUUAUCUUGGGCAGUAGGUGGAGGUAUUAGCCCAGCUCGACAUCUAAGUUCGAUGAUGAAGAUGAAUAAAUAUUUUGUCAGUUCUGGUUAGUGAAGACAAGCUAAACAAUCUUAAAAUAUGUACUCUUCUCCACUCUUUAGUUUGUAGACAGUGACAACCUGUUAACCAACCCACAAGUGCUCAACCUGAUGAUGGCUGAAAACCUGACACUGGCGGCUCCCAUGUUAGAGUCUCGCUCACUUUAUUCAAACUUCUGGUGUGGUAUCACCCCUCAGGUACAGUAUAGUCUUAAACUCAUACAUCUUGGCUUCCUUCCAGGUUGUUUUCUUUUCCUAACCUGAUAGUUUCCUCAUUCAGGGUUACUACAAGCGAACCCCGGACUACCAGCCCAUCAGGGAGUGGAAGAGGCUUGGCUGUUUCCCUGUUCCCAUGGUGCACAGCACCUUCUUAGUGGACCUGCGCCGUGAAUCCACCAGGGAUCUGGCCUUCUACCCUCCUCACCCGGACUACAGCUGGGCGUUUGAUGACAUCAUGGUGUUUGCUUUCUCGGCCCGUCAAGCAGGUCAGUCUGAAAGCUACUUUAACAACAAACUACCACAUUCUUAGCAGAGCUGCAAAUGGCUCAGGAAUUGAGGAAUGCCAGUGACGCAGUGAUUCAUACAUUCACAGCCUGGUUUUAAUCUUGAUGUUGGUACUGCUUUAUAGCACUGAGGGCUUUUUAUUGGAUUAUGCACAUGGUACAGAUUUAAGCAGAUGAAUAAAAGCAGAACAAAUAACAUCCAUGUGUUGUCCUGACUUUGCAUCUGUUAAUUUGUAGGAUUGAAAAAGUAUCAGUACAAAAGAGACACAGAGACACGGUCCCUCUUUCUUGCAAAUAUAAUGUUGCACAUAUGAAGGUACAUUAAAGAACAAAUCAAUACACACUUAUAAAGUAGAUACUUAACUUUUGAAAGAAUAGGUUUCUCAUUUUGCAGCUAUGGACCUUUUAACUCUUUGUAAGUGUUGAAUUCAAAGUCUAAAUGUUGCUCAACACUGCUAAAGCCUCACUAAAUGUAAAGCUUAAAUAAAAAAAACUUCAGGUAGCAAUUAAUAAGGUAUAAUGAAUCUCUUUCAAAUUACCAAGAUGGAUGAGUGCAAUUUUUUGUGUCUUUCUUACUAUGAACCCACUUUCCAUGCAGCACUGAUGAAUUUUAUAUAUGAAUUUAUUUAGUGAUUAACUGAUACAGAAAAUGAAACCAUAAGGGAGCUCACUUAACCCACAUUGAGUGACCCAAGGCAUUUCUCUUGUUUUAUAAACAUUUUCGUCUUUUAAUCAACGUGAAAGUGUGAGCUAUAGCUGCUUUAACUUAGUGUUUUGCUGGCCCUGUAUUGUAUUUAUAUAUUUCUAUUUUAAAUGUGUUUUUUUUCUGUGCUGAUAUGGAGCUAUCGAUCUGCAAUUAUGUAUAACUAUAAUUGAUCUACAUCAAUGCUUGAAAACUAGGGAUAAUUUUACAGUGUUAGUCAUAACAGAACUUUUCUCUACUGUGACUGAUUUUAUUUUAUAUUGAAGCGUUUUGUAGAAUAAUGUAAUGUGGUUUUCAAUAAAUGUUGCACAGGCGACAUGGUUAAAAUGAUUGAGAAAUCUACAUCCACUACUGAGGAAAUUGAAAAUUUGCACAUGCAGGCUGCUUUUAAGAAAACACAUUUGAAUUAACUUGUUGAUAAAAAGAUCUGUCAUUAAAAAUCCAAAACUGAAGACGAGCUCAAGUGAAACACAAUCAAGUUAGCCCACUGAGCAUUUUUUGGUCUAAAAGAGGUCUAAUAGACAUCCAAAUGUAGCCUAGACGACUGGUCUAAAAUCAGGCUACCACAGGUUCAAAAAUUAAAGUUUAUUAGACUUCUUAAGUUAGACUAAGGUUAGACUAAAUCUAAAUCUGGGCUAUAUCUAUGCUACACUGUAUAUUGCUCAACAGCUAAAUUACUUUGGUUAAGUACUUGGAGAUCAGUUAUGCAACUCAUAGUUGCUUUUUGAAUAGUUAGCGAAUAAUGGGUUACAGUGCAACGUCUAAAUUCUGUCUAAAAAUAUACAGAAUCUAGAUGGUUGAAAUUUGGUCUAAUAGGUCCAAGACGUCCAAUAGCUGUGUAUUGCUCAGUGGGAGGUAAUGAAGUUAUGAUGAAAAUACUGAGACCCAAACAGAGCCUGAGAGUGAAAAUUGACAGACUAUUUAUUGUUACAAAGUCAAAUCUUGCAAAUUCAGUGAGGUGGGGUUUAGUGUCUAUAAAUCCAGAGUUUUUACACUCAGAAGCUGGCUGGAUGUAAUAAGUGUCCUAAAACUUGGCGAAGAGGAGAGACAUAGAAAUCUGUAUUCAAGGAGACAACUAGAUCCAACUAGAUCAAAAAGUACUUUAAUAAGGUCAUGAGCAGAUUACAAUGCUGGGUAAAGUGGCUUGAUUGCAGGUGAGGCUUGGUUGGCAUUUGAACACAUGGAUCCAUAACUAGCUCUAGAUGAUCACACAUGAGGGGUAUAGGAGGGGAAAGAAAACUCUGACGAUGUCACCUCUUGAGAUGGUAGAAAGUUCACAUUCUUCACCACAUUGUCUCAACCAUGUCUGCUUUUAACUAACUGGAUAAGCUCUGGUUUGUGGAUGCAUUCACUUGUUUUGGUGGAUUUGCUUAUGUGAAGCUUAAAGUCUCCGCUGUGACGCUCAAGCACAUUACACAGAGAAUAAAGAGACCCUUGGGUGGUCUAAUUAGUGUGUUUAUUUGACAUGUUUGGGUCAAGAGGUUGUAUUUACAGAUUUCUUUCUGUCUGUGUGUGUGUGUUUCUGUGUGUGUUCCAGGAGUGCAGAUGUAUGUGUGUAACAGAGAGCACUAUGGUUUCCUCCCUGUUCCUCUAAAGGCACAGCAGAGUGUGGAGGAUGAAAGCGAGAGUUUCAUACACACCGUCACGGAGGCUUUGAGUGAGUGCACACACACUUCUUUUGGUUUUGUGUCACUGUUGGUUACUUCCCCCCUCAGAUUUGAUCCUUUUCCCUCAUGGUUGCACCCUGUCAACCCCCUCCUUCCCCUUCAUACUGUCUCCCCCCUUCUCACCCACUCUUUUCUGCCUGCCCUCACUGCUCUCAACAAAUCAAAUCAACCAACACAAUCCACAGGAAAUUCUGCUGUUUUCUAAUCGUGUUUUUGUUGUUCUAACCUUUCCUUCCUUUCUCUCCAUGUUGACAGUUGACCAUGACAUUGAGCCCUCUGAGCACCUGUACUUCCCGCCAUCCCAGCAGGACACAAUAGGCUUUGAUAAGGUGAGUUUGAGAGCACUGAGGGAACUAUUUGUUUCCUUGUGUACUCAUGAGGAACCCCCCACGUCUUUCUAGUCUCAUUAUGUCUCCUAAACUCUUCUCUGAGGCUUUGAGUGAAGUAAAGGAUUCCUCUUUCACCUAGAUUCUUCUCAUCAACCUGAAGCGCCGUCUGGACAGAAGAACCAGGAUGUUAAAAUCAAUGGCAUCCCUCGGCUUACACGCCUCGCUGAUAGAUGCAGUCGAUGGCAAGUAGGUCACAAACAUGCAGCCCUGUGUGCACUCCAUAAACUUAACUCAAAGCCUGAUUUAAUCCUGAAAAAACAACAUCCUUGUUCUUUCCUGUGAGGUCUAGACUUUGACUGUUGUCCCUGAAUUAGCUUUUAGGAGAAUGUCUUCUCUGUUUCAUCUUUCCCAGCUUUUCUAACAUCCUGUUGCAACAGAUGCUAAGUGUUUGUAGAAAUUUUCUUGACUUACUUACAUCCCCUCUUCGGUGCUUACUUUAAUCCAGUGUCGGGAACCUCCUAAUCCCUCCACAAGCCUUUGUUUGUCUGCGAAAAUGUGUUACUUGUUGUUACUUGCAGAGAUUUACAGUCAAGUUGUUUUCUGAUGUCAGACUCAGGGCGACAAAUGUAAGCACCCCUUUUUUCUCACUCACGCUCCUAAAUUUCUGUUCUCCUUCUCUAUCUCAGGGCGCUCAAUACAUCCCAGCUGCAAGCACUUGGUAUAGAAAUGAUGCCCGACUACAAGGACCCGUAUUCAGGCCGAGUCCUGACCCGAGGGGAGAUCGGCUGCUUUCUGAGCCAUCACUCCAUAUGGAUAAACGUAAGAGCAGAGAGGAAUCACACACCAGACUGAAGAUGAGGAAUUGUUCAGUGAAGUUUUGAGGUCCAGUGCCUGCACAGAUUCAACCUGCUGAAAUGUCCUUUAACUACCGUGUGAACACAAUUUUAACGAAGCCAAGUCAGACAAGAUCUGUAGUCUGUAAACUUUUAAGAAGGUGUUUUACAGAAAGAGUUUGUUUCAGCUUUAAAAGACAAAGUACUGUGACCAGAUGUGCUUUUAUAGCCCUCGUCACAUGACUUUAUCAUGCAGAUGCAGAACUUGUACCCGCCAGAUAGCCAAGUGACACUUUGUUAUCUUUCCUUUGCUUACUCUUUUUAAGUUGACAUUUUCAUGUUAUUGUGCUUAACCCCGCACCAGUAUGCAUAAAUGACUGACUGCUGAAUGAAUUGCACAGACUUCUUUGUCAGAGAGGUUGAAAGAUGCCCAUUUAUUUCAUAAAAUAUCAGCAGGCACCCUCACCAACAUUGUUUUAAGACCUUUGUACCAAAGUUUUGCACUGCCAGUCGCCACUCAGUCUGUAAUUUCCUCACUAAAAGCUGGACUUCCUGCUGUUUUCCUCUUCAUUUGCAGCUCGAGUUUUGCAGUUGGCCUUUAGUCAGAUCUAGAUUUAAGUUGUUGCCUUGCUGCAAAUAACAUGAGAAGUUGAAAAUAACAAUAAUAGUUGAGGAUAAACCAACAAUUGAAAUCUGAAUAAAAUAUCAAAUAAAGAGAAGUAAUAAAACCCCUAAAUAAAAGCCAGACUAAACAGAUAGGUCUUAAGUUUACACCUAAAAGUAUCUGUGUCUGCAGCUCUUUCCAGCAGACUGCUCUGGAGUCGUGGGGCAUCAUGGCUGAAAGCAGCACCACCAAAUGUUUGAGCUCGUCGUAAAAGCCAGAGGGUCUGAGGGGCCUUCCUGGUUCAUAAACUGAGAGCAUCUCUGGGAUGGAGUCUGAUGUGACGCUAUUUGCUGCCUUAAAAAAAGGGGAAAAAACUUUAAAAUAAAUAUGAAACGCUAACAGGCAGCCAGUGUAGAGAUCUUCAAAUUGAUGUAAACCCUUAAGCUUCUAGUACGUUAAAAGGUAAAGUUAAUAGUUGGUUAUGCAAAUUAGAAUCACAUUGACUCAUUAGCAGGACUGAAUGUCACUUGAUCUUGGCAGACUGGUCCUGUUAACUGUUGUUAUAAACCGCAUGAGAUGAGAAUUUGUGUUUUUGCCACAGUGUCAACAGGCAGAGAUGAAAAGUGUGAGAUUUCUGCAGAUUGAUUUGAUAUGAAUUGUGUGAUCAGGUUUUCUCCAGCCUUCCUGUUGUCGUUGAGAAUUAAUUUCUGUUGUUUAUUUUAAACAAAUGGGAUAUAAAUGAGUAAACGAGUCUGGCAGCUAGGGACAUGCUUUUUAAUAUAUCCCUAUACUCACAUUUAAAUAAAGAUUGCAUUAAAAUGUUAAAACUAGGGCCGGGACUCGAUUAAAAGAACAAUCUAAUUAAUCAGAGGCUUUGCAAUCAAUUAAUCAUAAUUAAUCGCAUUUUAAUCGCAUAUAAAUAUCUGACCUGAGAACAGUGAGAAUCAUUUUUCUAAAACUGUAUAGGAGUGAACCAAUGAAUAGUGAACUGAAUGAAUGCAUAAGCCUAGGCAAUCAAGGUGAUACUUAACCAAGACCAACAGAUCGGUGCUUUUUUAUGCCAUAAAGUGCAUUAAUCUUUCCCACUCACUCACAUUAGGGUGCACUGGUAUAAACAGUAUACCUGAAACUGGUCUAGUAAGAAACGUUCCGCGGUGCAAAAAUGCAAUAGGUUGCGAUUAAUUGUGUUAAUAUUUUUAACGAGAUAAUAUUACUAAAAUCCCUAGUUAAAACACGUUAAUCUAUAUGCUGUACAGCUGGUAAACCUGCAGCAGUUACUUAUUUCUGUCAACUUUCUCUUUCUUUCAGAUGUUGGAGCAGGGCCUCCAGAGAGUUCUUGUUUUAGAGGACGAUGUGAGGUUCGAGCCCAGGUUUAAACGAAGACUUCAGGCCAUAAUGGAUGACAUAGACAAAACCCAGCUGGACUGGGACCUCAUGUAAGAAUACAUAUCCACAUGUUUGAUCACAAAUGCAUGUGUGUUCAUGUCUUAAGUUACUUUGUGGACUUCCAUCAACACCCUUUCUUUGCUUCUGCUCAGUUAUGUCGGGCGUAAGCGUAUGCAGGUGCAGCAGCCUGAGCAGUCCGUGGAUGGUGUAAACAACCUGGUGAAAGCUGACUAUUCCUACUGGACGCUAGGAUAUGCACUUUCACAGCAAGGAGCCAGAAAGCUGCUGGCUGCAAAUCCCUUCACGAGGAUGCUGCCUGUGGACGAGUUCCUGCCCGUCAUGUUCAACAAGCACCCCAAGUCAGUCUUUAUUUUGUAUUUGUUUCAUUUUAAAUACACAUUACAGAUAUUGUACAAAGAAAUUCUAUUUAAGACAUGCUGUACAGAAAAUCACAAGGCUGGAGAAAGAACUAUUUCUGUGCGCAGAGACCCUUUUAGAUGUUCUGGUUUGUGAGCAGGCAGAUAAACAUUGACUAAAGACCACAAAUAGAUGAUUGCAGGUGCACCCUUAUAUAAGAAUGAAUAUAUCGGCUAAUUGGAAUGUUAGAUAAACAUGAAGUUACGGAAGUGAAAGAUACUUUUAGUCAGUGUAAUUUGGACUUGUAUAAAUCCUGUGCAUGCACAAAAACAGACUAGAGGGGAAUAAACCAAUUCAAAAAGAAAAGCACUAUACAGUAAUUAUCUAUAUAUAGAAACCAACAUACAUGUCCACUUCUAGUUUUGCCUCAGGGACAGAGUGUAAUGGACAAGGUUUUUUUUUUUUUCUCUGGUGGUAGACCACAGCUCAUGUCCUCUUUUACUCCACAGUUUGUUCCCUAUAUUUCCAUCCAUCCCACCUGAUUGUGUCCCUCCUGCUUUCUAUUUUUCUGGCAUGACCCCCUUCCCCUCUCCUCUCCUUCUGUGCUCGCUCACAAACAGGGCAUGGUUUGUUCUGGGGGUUCAGCGGGUACAGCGCACACAAUGCCUGCUUUUCUGUUUCUUUUCUCCUUUGGGAUUCUUGCCAUACCCUGCUCUCUUUCUCCUUCACCUGCACCUCCUUUCUCCUUCUCUUUUAACAUCUUUAUCCUCAAAGUCCACUUUUCCUCACUCUCAAUCCUUUUUUUUUAUCCCUUUUAAUUCCCUUUUUUGGCACCUUUUAUAGUCUCCCACUCCUCUUAACAGGACUGUACUUUUAACACACCUUCCCCCCCUUGUGUCACCCGCUUCUCCUCCCCCUUUCCUCCUCUCUCUUUGAGGAAUGUGGGCCAGAGCAGUUCUUCCUGCUGGUUGGAGAAGGGGACAGGAUUCCCAUUGAUAGAGGCCUGUGCAGGGGGGUUGGGUAGGGAUGGACACUGUGUGAGUGUGUGCGCGGCUUUAUAAAUACAUGGAGAUGUGUGUCCAAUGUGGUGUAUAUAGAUUACUCGUGAAUGCACUGUGUGUAUAUUCACGAUUUAGAGAAAGUAGGUUUGUUUAAAACUGAAAGAAAUAGGAAACAUGGUAGAAAUCUGCCAGGGAAAAUAUGUAAAAUGAGUGUAACAUAAACGAACUGCAGGUCAUUAUGUGUUCCCUGUGAAUGUUAUGUCACAGAUGCAGUAUUUCAGGAGAAGGGAGGCUGUAGAGUCUCUCUUUAAGGCGCACUUCUUAUACAGUAUAAAAUGUUCAGAAACAGCCACAAAAAUGUUGCACCGCACAGAAAAUGUUCUUGAGGAUGUUUGUGUUUGUCGCUGCAGGUCAGCUCUUACAAAGGUGUAGGGUUUCACUCUCCUCGUGUUGUGCCGACAGGCUCUUAACAGGCGCUUGGCGGCGGGAUGGUGACCUCUGUGGUGACCUCUGUCUGCAGGAGUGUGACUCCUCUCGGCUGACGUGUCAGAUCCUCGCAGUCCUCAUUCCUCUCUCUGACCCUGCUACAGGCUAAAAGUCCAGUUUUCAAAGUUUAUUUUCCUUGUUUAGAUUGACUCAAUAUGACGGUAGUUUACAAGAGAGCAUAGGGAUGAGGAUCUACUUAUUCAGGGGUCAAAUUAGGGAUAAAAUGGUCAUUGAUUGAUUGAUUGUGGUUAUUUUAAAUGUGCUAUAGAAAUAAAGUUGAUUGAUUGAUUAGAUUAGCUUUAUAAUAUGCUUUUUAGUUUACUAUGCUUAAAUGCUGGGGUGCCAGUUUAAGACAGUCCAACCCAAACACUAAUGCUGGUAUUAAGUGUAAGCUAUAUUCAAAAUAUUUAGGUGCUUUCAGGUCAUUGUGAUGUACAACAGAGCAUUUACAGAAGGAGAUAAGUCUGAGCUUUGAUUUUGACAGUGAGAUAUCGUCACCCUAUUAAAAUAAUGGCCUAAGUCUUUUUUUUGAUAAAAAUGAGUUUAUGGCCUAAAUCAUCUCUUGAUAAAUCCUUAGUUGAAAGGAUCAUGGCAUGAUCCUUUCAACUAAGGAUUUAGGUGAUUUUACUAGAGAUGGCCAGCAUUAUCAGGCUGAUUCAGGCCAUAAACUCAUUUUCGUCAAAAAAUGACUUAGGCCAUAAUUUAAAUAGGGUGACGAUAUGUAAUGUGCUAUACUCAUCAAGAGUAUAAAAUAAGAGUUAAAUGAAAUAAUGAACAUCUGAAUAGGAAAACUUUUUAUUACAGAUUCGUACACAGUUGGAAUUUUCAUAUUUUUCCAUACCUGCUUUUUAGAAUUAUUUUUGGAAAUACUUACUUUUCUAUUUUAGAAAACAGUAUUUUAUAACUGUGGUAAUAAGUCUGGAAACAUCAGUAUUUUUCCAUACUUAAUGUCUCAUUUUCCAUACUUUUUCAUACUUGCAUAGGAACCCUGUUAUUAUGAGAUUAGCAUACAUUAGUUCGGCUCACUUUUAACCUGAUUCGUAUUGCUUCACUUGUGUUUCCAAAGACUUUAGUUCUGUAAGAGUCGAUCAAAACAUUUCCGCCAUGACUUACUGUGCUGAAGUGAACACUGUCCUGUUCCCGUAUUUGACAUCCUGCAGAUUUGCUGUCCAGUAAAAUUGAAUUCCUGUUCGCUGAGUGUAGAAAACAAAACUCAGAGCUGAAAUGAAAAACAGUCAACAGUGAUAUGUGACCGCUGUGUUGUUUUGCUUUCCUUCCUCUUCUUUGCGGUGACCUUUGAAACAGUCACAGACAGAAGAAUUAGGCAAUAAUGGCAAAUUUACUGAGCUGACAUCCCAUUUCUAAAUGCUUUUAUUAAAGAAAGAAAGAGAACGACCUUCUUACUCCUUCAUAGGGAUGCAUGAUUCUACAUAUGAAGAGAUUGAUUUCUUUUGAAAGAGGGAUCUCAUUAACAUUAGUGUCGAGAGUACAUUAGUAAAGAAGCGUUUCGUUGUAUAAUGGCAAUAACUUUGGGCUUUUAAAAUCUUUAUAUCUGUAUUUCUAUCACUUCCCAGCUGAAAAGAUUAACCUGAAUAUUAAUUAAGAAUCUAGUCAUUCUCGGCAGUAAUAAUCCACAUCAUAUUAACCCCUCCUUGCUCUUCUGUCCUUCUCCUCAGCACCAAGUUCAUGUCUCACUUUGAGCCGCGGGACCUGCAGGCCUUCUCCGUGGAGCCUCUGCUCAUCUACCCCACCCACUACACUGGAGAGCCAGGCUACAUCAGCGACACAGAGACCUCCACCAUCUGGGAUGAUGAAGCUGUUGCCACAGACUGGGACCGACAACACGCCCGUAAGACGGCCCAACAGGGCAGAAUUCGGCCCGUGGCGCAGAACAGUGUCACUGGAGAAUCCCCGCCUCCUGCAGCUCGAGCCUCUCGAGACGAACUGUGACACAUACACACGUCUAAUACUGUUAGAUGACACACACACACACACACACACACACACACGCCUGAGACUGAAAGAUGAUACACUCACCUGAAACUGAGAGAGACUCUUGUUUACUGUACAGUGUACACACACACACACUGAAUUUGAGGAGUACACACACUUGAAAAGACAGUUGAACUACAAGCUGACAUACUAUACAAUCAUUCAUGGAUACAAGUCAAGUUCUGAUGUGGAUAAAGGGACUCUGAGGAGAGGAAGAGGAGGAAAACCUGGGAUGAGGGCCAGCAGGCCUUUGACAAAAGCUUUAUUUAUUCCCCAUGUGCCUCCUGUGGGCAUGUGGAGACACUUACGGUUUGACGAAACUUAAGCAACUCAUGGAGGAGAGCUAACGUUAUUUGCAUUUGUAAUGUUUGUAAAGAAAAGAGAAUAAGUCUCCUCACAAAUCAAUUUCAAGAAGUUUUAUUGUUAUUUAAAAAGAAAAACGUGUGUUUUGUUUAUUGGACAGCUGAGGAAUAAAGACAUUUUUGAGCUGUUAGAAAACAACUUUAAGUGUGCGUGUUAAACUUUCCCCUGCUUGUUUGUGUGUAUGUGUGUAGAUCACUGAUUGUAUAUAAGGACAGACUGCACAUUGUACACAAUCAAAAGCCGAAUCCCCAUCAGCCCUCAUACACCCACAACAGGCGCUGACAUCAUGUGCAUUUGGAGCAGACUCUGAGCAGCAGGGAUCUGCUCUUUGGCAUCCCGCCCCUUUCCACCAAUCAAAGCAGACAUUUAAAUUCAUGGCAUGAAGAUAAAAUGUCGAAGAUAUCUCAUGAUGUUCACAGCAGAUCAACACAACUUCACUGAAUUUAGAAACACACAGAAAACUCAUGACCAAAGGUUACAUUAUGAAAGACUAAAAGAAGAAAGAAGGUUAUGGAAUAAUUUAAAAUCAGACAAAUGAACCAAUAAAGAAAAAGGAUUAAGUAAACAAGAAUAAGAAUAGUCAUGGAAAAUUUGAAACCAGAAAAAUGUGGAACAGCUGAAAUAAAACAAUUGCCAAAACAGAUAAAAACCUGAAUAGGACUAUAAAUGAAGUCAGAAUGAAAAGACAGAUUCUAAUCUCAUCAGAUUUUUGUCUCAUGCUUCAAAAAGUUCAGGAGAGCACUAAACUGUUUAACCAUUAAAAAAACAAAGCUAUAGCAUUACUUUACUGGUUUCCGAGUGUACUUAAUGCUCCUGUGAUGAUCUUCAGUUUGUAUCCAUUUUGGCGCCCCCCUGUGGUCAGCAGUAAUUCUUGACAAAAAAUCUCAUCCUGCAGACUUUUACAGUCAAAUUGAUCAUUUAUUGUGAGUAUUUCAUGGAGAGAUUAUGAACACUGGGCUGUUUUCUUCAAAUGUAAAGCUGACUCUCACCCCUCUGCACCACUUUGACAUCAAAAAGUUACAAUAUGAACAUCUCUGGCUUGUCGCUGAUGAUCUUGUUUGCUUUUGACUAGUAUGGCACUAAUAUGAAUUUCAUUUUAUUCCAUGAAUAUCAAAAAACUCUCAUCAGGAACUUAAAGAGCACUGAGUGCUCCCCAAAAUUGUAAGAGCUUGUUUUCCUAAAGUAGUUAUUGUCAUAUAACAAACGGCCUUCAUGUGUGGAGUGAUUUUUUCCCUGUGGCUAUCCAGGUUGAAGUCACUGAAUAUUUUUGCAGCAUCUUUUGUCUGGAUAACAGUUUAUAGGUGGUCCCUGCACUCUGAAGUCAUGGCUGGCUGUGCGGGGAGGCACAGUAUGAGCCCAAAAUAUGGACUGAAUUGAUAGUUAAAAGUAGAAAAUAACUCCAAACAUGCAAGCAAAUUUUUUUCAGUCAGUUCUUCAAACAAUUUGUGACAGGAACUGAUUGAAAAAAUGUUGGCUUUAAAUAUCUUGAAAUAAUGAAUAAAGUGUAAUGAGAUAUUUCGACUAGAACUGAGACAAAGUCACUUGGCAGGAUUUGAUUUAUUUUUUUACACUUGCACACACGAACCAUUUAGCUGACUGUCAUACAAAGCUUUUGGCCUUAUGUUUGCUCAGUUAAUUGAUUGAGUUGAAAAUGUGGUGAAGUACGAAAGUUUACGCAGAAAAUACUAGAGCAAAAGUGAAAAUACUGCAUUGGAAAACUACUCAAAAAAGUUCAGGUACAAAUAAAGAUGACGUGCGCUAACUCACUCACAAUGCCAGCCCCUUUGCUUAUUCUGCCAACCGUCACAGAUGGAUGUCUAAUUCCAAACCCUGAUCUAAGAGCGUGCCUUAUUAUCUAUAACUCAAAAUGACUCCCACAAGGUAAACUGCACACACACACACACACACACACACACACACACACACACACACACACACACACACAAACUGUCAUGCAUGCACGCGCCCAGUGACAGAAUUGCUUUUCUUUUCCGCGCUGUAAAUCAGUGACAGAUGUGACUGGGUUGGUUGCAGCGAUCACUCACUCAGCAGGCUGGUCCUGCUCAUGAGCAUUUAGUCCAUCAGUCAUUCAUUCAUAACAUGUGGACUGUAGUAUGAUGCAUGCUUAUUAGUCCACCCCAGACUCCUGCUCUCAGAGGAUAUUUGUGUGAUAUAUUUUGGAAAGACUGGAUUAAUGAAUUAUUCAUGUCUAUGGUACAGGCUGUUCUCGGUCUGGCCGAGGAGCUGGGCUGAAUCAAUAAAACAGAUUCUCUUAUAA